AAUGGUUAAAAAUUUAAUUUGUUUUUCGAUACUUACAUUGAUGUCAUUUCUGUCUUAUAUUGAGAUUGUUACGUUUUUAUCAUUCUCACUUACGUCAACAUGGAAUAGUUGAAAUAGUUUUGCCGUUCAACUCACAUAUUGAAACACAUUAAAACAUAUUGUGUUGUAAAAAACAUGGCAACAGUUUGUACUCCAGAAGAAAUUGCUGAAAAAAGGAGGAUUGCUGUUGAAAAACUUGCAAAAAGGAAUGUAGGAAAUAAACAUAUAAAAGCUUAUUCGAAGGUUGCUGUUGAAAAAUAUUCUAAUAAUGUGGCUUCGACAGACAGUAAUAUUCUUUCAGUUAGAACUUCAGUUGCGUUUUAUAACAAACAGUCUAGUGUUUCAAGUUCGGAUUUGAAUUCAAAUAAUGUUGAAAAUAGAGGAAAUUCUUAUGAAAAAUUCGCCUUAGCAUUACAGAAAAACUCAAAUCGUCAUGAUAUUAAAUCACCAAUAAGAAGUGCGAUUCCUAUAUUCGGAUCAAAAAUAGUAUGUGAAGUUGCAAUGAUUUCUGAUAACAGAUUUUUUGUUAAACCCAUGAAGUACCAUGAACAACUAAUUAACAUUUUGAAAACCAUUCCUUCAAAACAAUAUGAUGCUAAUACACGUCUAUGGACUUUCAAUAUUUGUGAUUAUGAAAUUUUACAAGAAAAAGUUAUGGCUUUGAGACCAGAAAUUGAAUUGGAACAAAUACCAAAAAAAAUUUUAUAUAUAUUGCGCGAAUCCAAGGAAGAAAUAGAUUUUUCAUUUCUCCCAACAAUUGAGCCAAAAUUAGUAAGUUGUUUAAUGGAAUUCCAGAAAGAAGGUGUAUGUUUUGGUAUAGCAAAACAAGGUCGCAUUUUAAUUGCAGAUGAAAUGGGUUUGGGAAAGACACUUCAAGCAUUGGCGAUAGCAGAUUAUUUCAAAGAAGAUUGGCCUAUUUUAAUUACAACAACCGCUUCAACAAGAAACUCUUGGUUCAAUCAUAUCAAAAAUUAUAUGUCUUCAGUUCGGUGUCAUGAUGUGGUUAAUUUAAAUUCAUCAGAUUUUUAUAUAUAUGAUGCAAAAAUUGUAAUAACAAGCUAUAGUUUAAUGGAAAAACAUGUUGAAAAAUUGAUUGAACGUAAAUUCGGAAUAUUGAUUUUUGAUGAGUCCCACAGUUUAAAAAGUUUUGACGCGAAACGAACAAAAAACGCUGAAAAGCUGGCGAAACUAGCUCAAAGAAUAAUUCUAUUAUCAGGAACCCCAGCUUUAUCAAAACCAGUUGAACUCUAUUGUCAACUAAAAAUGCUCGAUAAAAAUUUUCUACCUUUCAAACUAUUUAGUCAAAGGUACUGUAAUGGCAAACAAACAAAUUUUGGCUGGGAUUCUUCUGGACAAUCAAACCUUGAAGAACUAAAUAUUGUUUUAAAAAAAAAAUUUAUGAUAAGAAGACUAAAGUCUGACGUUUUAUCACAAUUAGCAGAAAAAAAUCGUGAAACUGUUAUGUUGAACCCAGAACUAAUAAGAUGGAACGACGAAAUAAAAAAAAAAUUCAACGAUUAUGAAUACAAAUUAAAAAGAAAUGGGAGUGGAGACAAAGAAAUUCUUCUUACUUACUAUGCAAAAACUGCUGAAAUUAAAGCAAGAGCUGUCUGUGAUUAUUUAAAAAAUUUAAUAAAAGAACAAAAAAAAUUCAUAGUAUUUGCACACCACAAAAUUAUGAUGAAUUCAAUAUCGGAUUUUUUACUUUCAAAAAAAGUUAAUUUCAUUCGAAUUGAUGGCACAACGAAACCUGAAGUACGAGAUGAAAACGUUAGAAAAUUCCAAACAAAUAAUUUAUGCAGAGUAGCUUUAUUGUCACUUCACGCUUGUAAUGCAGGUAUAACAUUAACUGCAGCUGAUUUAGUAAUUUUUGCAGAAUUAGACUGGAAUCCCAGUACAUUGGCACAAGCUGAAAGCCGUGCACAUAGGAUUGGUCAAAAAAAUACAGUAACAUGUCGUUAUUUAUUAGCUGAAAAUACUGCUGAUACCACAAUAUGGAAAAUGUUAAAAGAAAAGCAGAAUGUUUUAAGACAUGCUGGCUUGUUUUCUGAAAAUUUACAGAACGCUGAACAUAGUUUGGCACCUAGCUCUAGUCCAAAAAUUGAUAGAUAUUUAACUCCAACGAAAAGAAAACUUGAAGACUUUAAUGAACCUUUAUCCCUAACAUCUGUUGCAAAAAAUUAUGAAGCACAAAAGAAACCUAAGACUUUUAGUAAUUUAGAAAGUGCAAAAGUAUUAAACAAAACAAUAGGAUCGGGUUGCAAUGAGAACUGUACAAUUGAUGAUAGAGAAAACAAGUCAAAAACUAGCACAGAAACUGGGGGCGCUAGUGACUACGAAUACUUAUUUAAUGAACUUGAUGAUGCAGAUAUUCCAAGAACUCCUAUAUCAACUAAGGAUUUGAAAAAUGAGAAAGAAUAUGAUAGUUAUUUCAACGAAUUGGAAGAUGAUGACUUCGCCAAUUUAAUAUUUUAAAUUUUUCUUUUCACUUUACGUUUAGCUUUGUCAUUUUUUAAAUCUUGAUGAGAAUAAAUAAAUAAUCUGUACAUAUGUA